AUAGGGGAGUGUGUGCACCCAGUUCUGUGCAGCAUCUCUGGGGCUGAGCCUUCCCUGAGGAUGGGAGCACUGGCUGGGGUGGGGACGGGAGCUCCCCUGCUCCCAUGGCUGCUGCUGCUGCUGCUGGUGAUGUCCCACUCUGCCCAUGCAGCCAUCCUGGAGGUGAACGGGAACCUGAGCUGUAGGUGUGCCAAGACAACCUCGGGGUACAUCAGUCCCAAGAAAUACGAGAGCAUUGAGAUAAGGCCGGUGGGCAGCAGCUGCAGGCGCACGGAGAUCAUAAUUAAGUUAAGAUCCUCAGGGAAGGUGUGUGUGGAUCCUGAAGCCCCUUGGGUAAAGAAGCUGCUGCAGCGCAUUGCCAGCACGAAGAAAAAAUAAGUUUCCUGCUAAGGAAGUUGCUGCCCAGAGCCCCGAGGUGGGCUGGCGGAUGAUGCCCAGGUGUGCAGACCUGUGCUCCCCACUUUGCCCUSGCUUCUCCCCUCUUCCUGAAGGGUCCCAUGUCUGGUUCUGGUGGCAGUGGGGAAUGUGACUCCUGGCCCCAGCCCCACAGCAGGUUCAUGGAGGGUUUUCCCAGCAUUUGGUCMUUGGAUCAGCAUGAAUGUGAAUCCUUCAUUUAUUUACCUGCCUGUGGACUGUGAAGCCGUUCCCUGUCAGGGGCUGCUCCUGCUUCUUUAGGAAUGACUUUGUGACUCUUUCCAUGUGAAGUGCUCAGUGACAGAGUGUKUGCUGGGGGUUCUGUGGCACAGCGUGGCGUGUCCUGUCCCAAGAGCUCAAGUCCAAUAAAAUCCAUGGUUUUUCCUUCUGUUGUAUUUUCACUGGGUCUCCUAGCUUUGAAGCAAUAUAUGACAGAAUCAUAGGACAGCUUGGACUAGAAGUGACCUC